AUGUCUUUGCGCGCUAUCAAAAAGCGCGAGAAUCAAUUGUUGCCCCCUUCUGUUGUGGGUUCGUCCGCGGCCGUGGCAAACGGUCGCACCAGUCUAUUUAGGAAAUUAACCAAAACAAUUAAGGGAACCCACCAACAUCAGGCAACAACCGAACAUCAGCAACAACAACAAGGUGCUGUGGGGGGCACCUCCUUGCAGUCGUCCAUUAAAAAGCACAAUAAUCACUUGCUGAGUAAUCUAAAACAACAGCAUAAAUUACUGGGCCGUUUGACACAAUCGAACCCGGAAUUUGGUGAACCUUCGGAAACGUUACGCCGUUUGGAGGCCGCCCGUUUGGUUAGAACCAAGUCUGAAGGUGACAUCGAUAAGCUGUUGAGCAGUCAAAAUCAAUUGAAACAAGGUGCUUUGUUGAAUGCAAAAUCCGAGGUUUGCCUGAAGACCAUUUCAACACACAACUACCAAACUGCCAGUAACAACAACAAUUCUAAUAAUAACAACAACCACAUAAAACGUUUGUCACAAUCCGCAAUAGCACCACGUAAGGUGCAACAAUCUAACACAAACAUGUUAAGUGGUGCAAGAUCCCAUCGUGACCUAACACAAUCCUCAUAUGCCUCAACAUCACACCAUCACAUAGAUGUAAUGGCUCACUGCCCAGGUGGUGGUGGUGGGGUACCACCACAAAGACGCAUGAGCGAGGGUAAUUACAAGAGAACACAACGUACAAAUUCCAUGUCCACAAGUGAAAUGACAUCCUCAUCGAUAAGUGGUCUGAGUCAUUCCGUUCCGCCUGUCGAUCCAAAUAGUAUAUUACGCAUACCCAUAAUUGGCUAUGAAGUUAUGGAAGAGCGAGCCCGAUUUACCGUCUAUAAAUUACGUGUUGAAAAUCCCCAUACAAAUGAUUGUUGGCUCGUCCUGAGGCGCUAUACAGAUUUUGUACGUCUCAAUACGAAAUUGAAACAGUCAUUUCCACAUCUCACCCUGAAUUUACCGCGCAAGAAGAUUUUCGGCGAUAAUUUCAAUUCGGUGUUUUUGGAUAAUCGCAUACAAGGCCUGCAAAUGUUUGUCAAUUCCAUAAUGAGUAAAGAGGAAUUGCGGAAGUGUCAGCUGGUAAGGGAAUUUUUCUGUCUGGAUGAACCACCUUCGUAUUCCGAAUCAAUGGAAGAGUGUAGGGCAAUAUUUGAAGCACAAGAGGAGACAAUUGCCCAUUUGAAAAUGCAAAUAAACAACAAAAAUGAUUUAAUAUUACAACUACAACAAAAACUGCGCGAUGUCCAUCAAGAGAAGGAGCAAUUGAAAGAUAUGCUAAACACUCUAAAUAUAAAUCCCACAAAUGGAAAUGCCUAAGAGGCCGAAUAACAAAAAGGAAUAAC